AUGGAACAUGAUCAGGAUAGGUAUUCGCCAUCCGACGUUCCCCUGGAAGAACAUCGACCUUCGAAGCGACGACGAACAUCGGGACAGCCUGCUCGCGAAGUUGGCUUGAUGCGCAGCGUCCCAGACGACAAAUUCCCUGGAUUUGUCGGAAGUGCCAGUGGAAUCUUCUUCAUCAGGUCGGUGUAUGGUGCGAUUCGACCAUCCGCGGUGCCUGCUGUCGCCGAAACGCCUGGGAGCGAUAUUGUGCCAGGUGAAGACGAUCAUCUACCUCUAGUGCAACCCAACUCUUCUGAGCGGCUAUGGCGAGAUGCUGAAAUCGCGUCCAAUCAGACCUCUCAGAUAUCAUUUCAAGACCUUGUCGCAUUUUCUGGGAGUUAUUUUGCCAAUUGGCACCCGCUCUACCCCUUCGUGCACGCCCCGACCGUCCUAGAGUACUUCGAUUGUUAUGCAAAGAACGGUUUCCCCGAACGUGAUGCUUCGGAAGACCUCGACGUGGUGAUAGUUCGGUCGAUCAUGUCCAUCUCGCUUGCAGACCAUCGGCAAUCAUCGGGGCUUGAAAGCGUUCAAUAUCCUGCCUGUAUCGUCUUUCCGUCGUAUGGUGCUGCUGUCGACAGUCUCCGGGCGAUCCUAUCACAUCCCACAACUAUACUUUCGCUGCAAGCCGCUCUCAGUGUGCAGCUCUUCCUAGUGUCCAUGCUCCGCUUGAAUGCAGCCUCCCGUCUAGGAGGGCUAAUCAUGCGUAUGGCCGUGCAACUAGGCCUUCAUCGCUGUCCAGCUAGAUUUCCAGCCUUCACGUCGAGUGCGAGAGAACUUCGGCAACGCGUCUUUUGGUCACUAUAUUCCAUCGAUCGGUUCAUUUGCCAGUCUAUGGGCCUUCCACUCGGCCUGCAUGAUGACGAUAUCGAUGUCUGCUUCCCCUUAGCGGAACAUCAUCAGCAGACGCAUGUCGAGCCUUGUGUCAAACUCCGCAUGCUACAUCUUCUCGCCCAGCAAGCCAGGUUACGUGGCGAAAUCAUCGAGUUGCGCAACAAGUCACUACACUACGUUCAGAACGAUCCUGACCGAGCGACAUCAAUAAUAGCUAAGCUUACUCAGUGGUGGAACGAUGUUGAGGACUAUAUUGAUCCGGAUAGCCAAUACGCAGCCUCUCCUUACGCAACCGUAGUUUUGACACUGCUUAGACAUGAGUCGAUCAUCUCGCUGUAUCGCCCCGUCUUGGCCACUUCUCGCAAAGAUGUCGCUUAUGACGCUGCCUUACAGCAGUGCAUCAAUUCUGCGCGUAGCAUCAUUACAACCUUACACAGCGCUGUCCAGACCAAGCUCAGCGCCGGAGCGAUCUAUGAUCCCCUAGCUUUGAUGUGGCCCUCUUGCACAUGGGCUGUAUGGAUUAGUACAUUUAUCAUGUUCUACGCUGCCCACGAAAGUCGUAUCGCUCAUAACGUUGUCGUCAGAUUCGCAGAUAAAAGCCUCGACGUACUUCAACACCUUGCACGACGCGGCAGCGCAUGGCCUGAAGCAAGCUCAGCAGCCAUUCGUGACUUGCGGGCUCGAAUGUUGCGCAAGCCUGCUCAGGCUCUUGUCAGGCACAGAACCGAAGCCCCCGGAGAUCCAUCCAUCACUGAUCAGGGCGAAUCGAGCCUACGUUCGGUCUUGCACGAGCCACUCUUACCUGCCAGUAAUGAUACUCUAGUUCAAGAUAGUGACCAAAUGUCGAAUGCCGCCGCUGCUCAUCAUGAACCAUGGUACAAGCCAUAUAAUACAGCAUUCGACUUUACUGCAACGGGUAACCUGACUCAAAAUACUAAUGGUCUUGGUGAGAAUGACAGCUACUGGAAUGUCUUCCUUGGAGCGGAAGGCGCCAACGCAUCAUCUCUCGAGUACUCUAGCGGCUUGGACCCUUUUUCUGGUUUCGAUAUACCUUUUUGGUUCGACCAGGAACAGCAUUGGGACUUUUCAUAA